AUGGGCAGCUCAAACAAUUCACCCGUCGACGCCAAACCGACAAUUCCUGCUUCCGGGAUUGAAGAUAUAACACAUGGCGCCGGCCAGUCUUCGGAGAACGACGUUGUGUCCGAGCCAGUGAAUGAGAGAACGCACCGUCGGACCUUGAACUCUGCUCCAAUAAUGCCAACACUGCGUCAUCUCCUGAAACAGAACCAUAUUGAGGCCGCUGAUGUGACCGGAACCGGCAAGAAUGGUCGGAUAACGAAAGAAGACGUCGACCGCAUCCUCCAAUUGCGAGUGUCCAGUCAGGCGGAAAGCACAGAUAACCAGCCGAUCCAACGGACAUCAACGCCAUCGACAGCAGUCAAGGCUAGUCCGCAGAAGGAGAACGACGACGUCGCAUCAACUAUCAGUCGCGGUGGUCUCGCAAUGUUCAGAAGCAUGACUCAAGCGCUGACAAUACCUCAUUUCAUGUACAGCCAUGAGGUUGACUUGACAGUGCUCAACGAUGUUAGAUCUAGCUGUAAAGCAUCAGCGGCAGCAAGCGCACCCAGUACAACGCUAUCACCUCUCCCAUUUGUUAUCAAAGCAUUGUCACAGGCGUUUCUGAUAGAUCGCAGGAUAAAUGCUCACCUGGACACUUCAGUAAGCCCGCCACAAGUCAUCAUUCGAUCGCGCCACAACUUUGGCAUCGCGGUCGACUCGCCGCACGGGCUGGUCGUGCCAGUGAUCAAAGAUGUACAGUCUCUUUCUGUUGCCACAAUUGCGUCGGAGGUGAAGAGGUUAGGAUUGCUCGCACGGGAAGGACGCUUGGUACCGGAAAACUUAGAGGGAGCGACAUUCACAGUCAGCAACAUUGGCAGCAUCGGUGGAAACGUUGUGGCACCAAUCAUUGUGCCCCCGAUGGUGGCUAUCGUGGCGAUCGGGAGGGCGAGGCACGUGCCUGUGUUUCAAACGGACGCGACCGGCGUUGAGCAUAUUGUUAAACGCGAUCAGCUCUGCAUGACUUGGAGCGCUGAUCACCGCGUUUUAGACGGUGCGACAAUUGCCAGGGUCGCAGAGCACACGAGACUGCUUGUGGAAAACGUAGACACGUGGAGUGUAGCAUUAAAUUGA